GUUGAAGUCCACGAGUCAUAAAAGAGCCAAGGUUGCCUACCCCUGGUCUAUAGUAAUAGCUGUUAGGCAACAUACAUUAAAUCAAAAAAUUAAAUUACUACUUUAAAAAAAUACAAAUGAAUACCAUAAAUGUAAAACUCCUUUAAAUACCAUGCACUAAUAAACAAAGAAAUUAAAAGGCACAAGAAAACAAAUAUUUUAGUUUGGUGCUGCAAGAAUAACAGAGACAUCAUACAGUCUUCUCAGAAGGGUACAAUGGAAAGCUGAAAAGAUCUGCCUCAAAAUAUUAGGAUCUUGAACUUAACAUAAUUAUGUUCUGCCACUGAACAUCCAUCUUUCUCUCCAAUUUUGUCCUUAUUGUAACGGAGGUAGUAAGGUAGAUGUGGUAAAGUGUUAUUGCUAGAGAGACAUUGAUUUUCUAAAAUAUGUUACUUCAGUGUUGAAGAUACUCAUCCUUCUAAGGUAGACGGUGUGGAACCAUACAUGCUCAACAAGUGGAUUUGUUAAUGGAAAAAUAAUUCUAAGCUUUGUAGGAGAAAAAUUUGGGAUAUUCCAAAUAAGAACGAUGUAAAAUUAUCUUAAUGUCAGUAACACUGAAUAUAGUACUGAAGCUACUAUAUUUCUAAUUCCAUGAUGAAAAGGAACAAAUUUAAUACUAUGUCUCUUGCAUGCAGUUGCAUUCUCAGGUUUAAUCCUGACAUCUCAAGGCAGAGCUUGUACAGAUCUCAGUCUGAAACUGGAGAACUGCUGAUAACAUUCAUUGGAAAUUCUGGAAUCUGCAAUAUCAAAACAACUAUAGGACUGACAUGACUAAUAUUUGGAAUAUGGGUUUUUAAUGCUAUGUUUUAGUUUGUAGAAUAGAAAAUGCAAAGUAUACGUGUUCAGUAGUCAUGUAUCUUCAGGACAGAAACAGAAAUAAAAUUUUGCGUGAAAAAGUUUUCAUAAUAUAUGAAGUAUUAUACUAUCAAAACACAGUAAAGUACUAUAUCAGGUUUUGUAAUCUAAUGAAAAAGUCAGGGAAAAGGCAAAAUUUUAAGUAUAAUUCUUUCCAGUAUGUACUCUUAUACUUUACAGGCACAUGAAGCAGUAAUCAUUUUCUUUCUACCAGUUUCUACAAUUUAGACUUAACUUCAGGAGUAGAAAACACAAGUACUAUACUAAAACGUAAUUGAAUUAGAAUUCAGAAUGAAAAAUUAGAUAAUAGUAUUCAUCAACCAUUGUUUUAGGCUGAAUUAUGAAAAAUGUGAAGUGUCUGAAAAAUGAAGCUAAGAAUUAGCUAAGUUGUCUUUGGCAUCACUGUCAGUAAAACAAUCUGAUGACUUUUACAAAACAGCUGUUUCCUUUCAAAAUCUAAAAUAAUAAAUUUACAGCAAUUUCCAUCUUCUUCAACUAUCACACAUUGGCUUUAAUUUUAUAUCAAGAAGUCCAUUGAAAAUUAAAGAGGUGUGAACACGCAGUUCAGUUAUGUCACAGCUGUCAGAUGGCCUCUUGACCCCACAGAAACAAAAUCCUGACAUUAUGAGUACCAGUGAAGUUUACCAACAAAACUAAAUAUGACUGCCAAAGACUAUAAAAUUUAAAACAAAACCAUAUAUUGGGUUGCAUUAUUCAUGCAUCAAAUAAGUUUCAAAACUGACUUCAACUACACAGGAAUGAUUACUUAUCAAAGCCCUUGUCUACAAAUACACACACACACACACACACUGAUAUAUGUAUAACUUCCUCUCUCAAAAAAUGCUACCAUUCAUAAAAUGAUGAUAGAAAAGUGACAAGAAAUUUUCCCCAAGUGUUUUAGGAACUCUAAAUUAGAAUUUCUCAAUAUUGGCCACUUGAAGAUGUAUGAACUUCAACUCCCAGAAUUCUGGAAGUUGAAAUGCACACAUUUUCAAGUGGCCAACACUGAGAAAUACUGUUCUAAAUGUACAAGCUGGGAUUGGAUUUCACUUUUUUUUUUCCAGUUAUGUGUUUAUCACUCUGCAACCUUUCUAUUUACCAGACCUCUAUAUCUGAAAAAAAAAAAAACCCACCAGGGAUUGAGUUCUGUCAUAAAGUCUUCCAUUAAGAACUUCCCUUCUUGUGUCUGAUUUGUAACACAGAAAAGCAGGGCACACAUUUUCAAGUGGCCAAUACUGAGAAAUACUGUUCUAAAUGUACAAGCUGGGAUUGGAUUUCACUUUUUUUUUUCAGUUAUGUGUUUAUCACUCUGCAACCUUUCUAUUUACCAGACCUCUAUAUCUGAAAAAAAAAAAAAAACCCACCAGGGAUUGAGUUCUGUCAUAAAGUCUUCCAUUAAAAACUUCCCUUCUUGUGUCUGAUUUGUAACAGAAAAGCAGGGCACACAUUUUCAAGUGGCCAACACUGAGAAAUACUGUUCUAAAUGUAUAAGUUGGGAUUGGAUUUCACUUUUUUUUCCAGCUAUGUGUUUAUCACUCUGCAACCUUUCUAUUUACCAGACCUCUAUAUCUGAAAAAAAAAAAAACCCACCAGGGAUUGAGUUUUGUCAUAAAGUCUUCCUUUAAGAACUUCGCUUCUUGUGUCCGAUUUGUAACACAGAAAAGCAAGGCUACUCAGACCCACUUCCUGGUCACCUCAUAACUCACUAGGCAGCCUUUCUCAACUUUAGCAGCUUAAGAUGUGGACUUUAACUCCUAGAAUUCCCCAGCCACUAUGCUAGAUAUGGAAUUCUGGGAGUUGUAGUCCAUAUCUUAAAAGUGAGAAACACUGCACCACAGUGAUAGGUAAAAAGCAACAUCUUGCCAAUAUUGUCAGAUACGUUUUUAUAUAUCUUUUCAAUCAAGUUUAAUAAUGGUUGAAAAUGCUGAAUUUUCAGCACACCGUUUACCAUAUAGUUCCAACACCUAAUCUCAGCUAUGUUCAAAUGGUAAAGCAUAAUAAUGAUUUCCCUUAUCAAACUUACAAAAAUUUUGGCACCUGUUGAUCACCGGAUUUCCUUUCCGACCCUUCUGUAUCUAAUACAAGACUUCAAGAGGGUUUGACCACAGAGAGAGAGUGUGUAUGUAUGUGUGUACACAGAAAUAAUUAAAAGUGCCUUCCAAUACGCGGAAAAUAUAACUCCAAACAAUACUUAUCUCCAAAUUAAAUUCCAUAUACUUCGCUGUAAGCUUGCAGGUUCAAUGUUUUAAGUAUUUAUGGUCGCAAACUGGAACCCUGGGAAAGCUCCUCCUUUUACAAAAUAAACAGGAAAGAGCGAUUGUAAAUUUUUAAUCGUAUGGCGCAGACAGCAAAGAAACAACUAAGAAAUGUGUCUGUCUAGCGCGGUUUCUUCGAGAGACAGAGAGAGAGAGAGAGAGAGAGAACACUGAUUGUUUAUUUAUAAACUUCACUCAUCUUGCAUAGCCUGGCUUCCUCUGCGGCCGCCCAUCAAAAUCAGCAACCUCCGGCGUUCCUCCUCUCAACGCGCUCACCGAACCGCCCUUCCCAGCGAAGUAUCAAGUACCGCCAGUAGCUCCGCCCUUCACCCCCCCUCCCCGCUCGCCAUUUACGAAGAUUGCCGAACGGGAAAGAGGGGAUCGUAUCGAGCCGUAAUUCCUCUCCGGCCUUUCCGAAGACAAUCGAAGGGCUUCGGCCUCUCUUCUUCCCCUCCGCGUCUCUGGCGGCGAUUGCUCUUGCUGGGGCUGCCGCGAUCUCCUCCGGGGCUUUCAGCGCUGCUCGGCGGGCCCGAGACCGUGUCCGAGGUCUUGCGGCGGGGGCUUCCGCUGGGGUCUUCUGCUCGCAGGCUCCCCUCCGCCGGGGCAGAGGUGUUUCCAGCCGUGCUCCCGGGGGUCCUAGUUGGACCGGGCGGGCUGGGCCUGAGAGCCGCGGCUGAGAGCAGGCGAUCGGUGGUCGGCUUGUGGAGACUGUGAAGCGGCGGCGGCGGCAGCGGCUCCCCCUAGGGGAAGCGGGGCGGCCGGGGUCCGGUUCGGAUGGCGGAGGGCAUCCAGCAUCAGCAACUCGUGCCUGGCGGCGUCGGCGUCCCAGCCCCUCGAGGGGUCAAGCGGGAGUCCGAAUUGGAGCAGCCGAUGCCCGGCGGGGACGGAGCCGAGAGCGGCCAAAGCAAGAGGCUGCGGACGGAGGCUGAGGCGGACGGAGGCGGCAUGCAGAAUGAGCCUCUGACUUCCAGUUAUCAUGGAUACCCAGGAAGAGAUAGUCAGGGUAACCAGGAGCCGACAGCUACUCCUGACACAAUGGUCCAGCCAUUCACCACAAUCCCAUUCCCACCUCCCCCACAGAAUGGGAUCCCCACAGAGUAUGGUGUUCCCCACACUCAGGACUAUACAGGCCAGACCAGUGAGCACAAUCUGACAAUCUAUGGAAGUGGACAAACGCAUGGAGAACAGAAUACGAAUACAGCUACCACGCAGAAUGGAUCUCUUACGCAGACAGAAGGAGGGGCACAGACAGAUGGCCAGCAGUCGCAGACACAAAGCAGUGAGAAUGCUGAGAGCAAGUCUACCCCAAAGCGGCUGCAUGUGUCCAACAUUCCCUUCCGUUUUCGGGAUCCUGACCUCCGGCAGAUGUUUGGGCAAUUUGGUAAAAUCCUUGAUGUAGAGAUAAUCUUCAAUGAACGUGGGUCCAAGGGAUUCGGGUUCGUAACUUUCGAGAAUAGUGCUGAUGCAGACAGGGCCAGGGAGAAAUUACACGGCACCGUGGUAGAGGGCCGUAAAAUCGAGGUUAAUAAUGCCACUGCACGAGUAAUGACUAAUAAGAAGAUGGUCACACCUUAUGCAAACGGUUGGAAAUUGAGUCCUGUAGUUGGAGCAGUAUAUGGACCUGAAUUAUAUGCAGCAUCCAGUUUUCAAGCAGAUGUCUCGCUGGGCAAUGACGCUGCAGUGCCCCUGUCAGGAAGGGGGGGUAUUAACACUUACAUUCCUUUAAUCAUACCCAGCUUCCCUUACCCAACUGCAGCCACCACAGCGGCAGCAUUUAGGGGAGCCCAUCUGAGAGGACGAGGAAGGACAGUGUAUGGUGCGGUACGAGCAGUACCUCCAACAGCCAUCCCAGCUUACCCAGGAAUAGUCUUACAGGAACCAAUCAUUAGCGCUAAAAUACCUCAGGGUGGAUAUGCAGCCUACAGAUAUGCGCAGCCCGCUACUGCAACAGCAGCUACUGCUGCUGCAGCAGCUGCAGCAGCUUACAGUGAUGGUUACGGCAGGGUGUACACAACAGACCCUUACCAUGCUCUUGCCCCUGCAGCUAGCUACGGAGUUGGCGCUGUGGCAAGUUUAUAUCGAGGUGGCUACAGCCGAUUUGCCCCUUACUGAAGUGACAUGAGCCCCCCUGCAAGUGGGACAGCUCCCUCCCCCCAGUUCAUGAGGCCUGGCUAUUGCAAUAUUUACUAGUAGAGGAACUCUAUAGCAAGAAGAGGAGGAAAACAAAAGAAAAAAACAAGAGAAAUACUUUUUUAUACCUCACUAUGUUCUUUAAAUAUGUAUUUUCCUUUAAAUUUCUGCCUUUAAUUCUUUUGUUCCAAAGAUUGUGCAUUUUUUGAUCUUUUUUUUUCAAUUGUUUGUUUUUAACUGUGGUAAACAUAAUGCAUUUUGUGUCUAUAUAUGCAUAGUUUAUCCUACCAAUCACACAAAAAGAGAUAAAUAGUGCUAAGGAGGGCUGUUAGGAUUCAAUAUAAUGGAACAUAGUCAGGAAUAUGUAGAUAUUAUUGCUGGGUCUUCUGCCCAAGAGCCAGAAUAGUGUGGAAGAGCCCCCUCUAUUGGGAGAAUGGGGGAAUGUUGAUGGCCUGCAGCUGGAACCUGCAUGCUCGUUGGAAACACAAAGACCCUCCUCUUUUAUCACCAGCUGGCACUUAUGGGCUCAGGACAGCUCCAGCAGCAUCAAGAUUUUUUUUAUAAUUUUCAAGACAAAACUGCUCAAAGCUGCCCAAAGAUUUCAUCUAAUGGUUUUAGAGGACAAGGCAUAUAACAAAUACAUACGCCUAUCUUUAAUUCUUUUAAUCCAUUCUACCAUGGCUUUACUUUAAUCAUUCCGUUGCUUUGGUUUUCUUCUCUUCCCACUCUUCCCUCUUUUCUGAUGAAAUAGCAUGUUUGGGACAAUAACUGUUGAAUUUGGAGCCAUGAUGAAUUUUUUUUCUUUAGAAAAACCAAGAGUUUAAUUGCAAAGAUCUACAUAUUCUGAGGUUCUGGAAUAGUGAUUAUGGGAAAAGCUUGCACCAGUGCUACUCUGAUACUCUAAGAUACUCCACUGUACAAGAUCCUCCUUUUUCACCCUGAGGUAGUUAGCUUUCCUGCAAGUAUGUUAUAAAAAAAAAAUUGCAUGAAAAGAAAAAAAAAUGCAUUCUGGACUAGAAAAGUAAGGUGGGGGGGGGAUUUUUUUCUUCCUUUUGUCAUAACACUAAUUUGGAAACCAUGCUUGUAUUAGCAUUGGUAUCUGGAAAUGAAGUAUUUUCAAACAUAAUAUAAAGGCAUAAUUAAUGUUUACUCUGAUUUGCAACCGGUCUUAAUGGUUGCCUGUCUGAAGACAAACUGCUCAAUUGGAUCAGUACUGCCAAUCUGGAAUUGAGAAAGGGCUUCAGGAAGACUCUAAGCCUGAAGAUUGUCCCAUGCUAGAAUAUCUGCCUGGAAUACUCUUUCUUCUUCUACCAUCUGAAAUCUUGUAAAUUGAUAAUGCAUGCAAUUGGAUUACAAGCAAACCAUGGCUCUUAUAUAUUUUGCCACUAAUCAUAGACAUUAGAAUAGCAUAAAGGAUCCCUUUUUAUUCUUGUACUCUUCCAUUAUUAUUUUUAACACCUCCUGCAGAUGCCCUAAAAAUUUAACUUAAAGUCCAUCAUCUCUCAGACUUUUGGCUAUGAUCAAGUGUACCAUCCUCUGUAGUAUAACUUUAAAGCCAUACCCAUUACAAAAGCACAAUUCCCUGCUCCUUCAUCUCACUAAAGUAGUAUUGGAGGACAUUUCAACUAAAAAUAGGCAAUUGGAUAAAUGAAACCCUAUUAUCUUUUGCCUUGUGAUGUCAAAAUGGGCAAGGAGAUUUGAAAACCUUCAGUAAUAUCACAUAAGUACACUGUUCCAAUCAUAUACAACUCAUGCAUCUUUAGUUCCACUGCCAUUGUGUUCUCUUGUGGCUUACCAGAGAUUUCUGUGGACUGCUAAAGAGGAGAUCUUAAUGAAAGAGUCUAUUUGUUUGAGCAAAGGGGCACUAAACUAUUAGACUGUUAGCUGCUUUUUUAAAGACAAGCUGCUGUAACAGUCACUAAGUUUGUUUUGUACAUCCAGCUUAAAAUGAGAAGAGAAUAGGAAUAUUACAGCUGUCACAAAAUUGUGGAAAUGAGGAAGGAAGAUUUUCCAGCUACUUUCAUCUCAAGGAGGAUGUGAUUUUACUUCUGCCUGUCAAAUAAGAUACAUCAGAGUUCCAUAGUGAAUUAACAACUGUGAAAAAAGAGUCUUGUGUUGACAUAGAAAAAGAUACAAUCUGCAGCGCUCUAGCAAAAUUCUUGGAUUAAAUAUUUUUUUACAGUUGAAAGAUUGAACCCUGGAUCUCGAUAAAUCCUCCAAGUUGCAUAAUUUUAACUUUUUCUCAUAAAGGACUAAGGUGGAGUCCUUUUACAGAUUAUUCCUGGAUUGACACUCAAGUCACCCUGGCUGUCACCUGAGUUAUAUCGCUGGCCCUGCAAGGCAUCUUUAGCCAAGAAAUGUCUCUAGUCUAAUUCCUUAGCUAUAAAACGAAAGAGCAAAACAUUUGCCUCUUUUGUGAAACACAAAUAUAUGAUAAGUACACUAUUCCUAUAAAUACCUUUUCAUCUCUUGAUUUUUCCAAAGCCUGAACUAACUUUGCAACAAAGCAAAAUUUUAGCAAGAUAAUGUUUACCCUCUGAUUUCUAGAACAGUUGAAACAUCUUCAUAGGUGGUACAAAUUCAAGGCUUUACAAAUCCUCUUCCAGCCAUCUCCACUUACAGAUGUCUAGUAGAAAUGUAGCAGGACACUUCAGCUUUCAAGACCAGAUUGGGAUGGAUAUGUCUUGUGCUGCAAAGGAGUGUGCAGGCAGCCUGGGAAAUAGAAUGUGCAUGUCAUUCUCCAGCAUGCUAGCAUCUGAGGAAUCCAUUGCAGUGGGGGGUGGGGUGGGCUGGGGUGGAGAAGAAGCUUAGGAGUGUAUUGACUGAAUGGGUUUUACAAUAGGAAGACAAAAUUCCUAAUGGACAAGGUGAAUAACCAAUGUAAUGUGUGUGUUUUUAUUCUGAUUUUCUCCUGAUAAUUUCAAACAUGAUUGUAGUAUACGCCAGUAUACUUGAUUUUUGUUGUUGUUGCUUCAUUGUUGCAUAAAACACUAUUUGGGUGAUGUUAUUGUCAACUGAACAUUUUCUACUCCAUUUCCUAUUCACCCACCCUGUUUUAAGGUUUUUAUUUACAGUCUAAUGAAACUAAAUCUCCAGUGAAUGAGGCAAACCAUCUUCUUGUAGUCAAAAUUAAACUAUUAAUAUAGGGUAUUUCCUCAGUGUGCUGUUUUCCCUACCUGAUUGGUUAUAUAACCAUAAGAUUUGGACUGUGUUCCUGGCACCCCUUUUAAGAACCAAAUUCUCAUAAGCACUCAAUUUGCAGAACCUACUGCCAUGAUGGUGGAGAAACAAUGCAACAUUGUAGUCCUCUGCAGUUAUUUUGUUCAGAUGAUACUUCAAACCUUGGACAAUUAGAAAGAAGCUUCUUGUGAGUCUUUCUAGAUAUAUCACACUAAACACUGCCUGUUAAAAAGGAUGAAAACUGAGUAACAGCCUACUCCUUAGCAAUAGCAGAUUUGCUGCCCUUUUAUUUUUUCUUAAAGCCGUCCACUGAAGUAUUCAUUAUGACUUGUAGUCUGCCUCAUGUCAAUUAAUUAUUGACUUCUUUAAAGGAAAAUCAGAAGCCUCGUACUUGGUUUUCUCUCUUUUGGAGUGGAAUAUUCAAGUGCAUUUUGCAGUUGCUUUGAGAAGCCACUGUGAAGGAAUUUAGUCUAUAUAUUCAAUAGAGUGAUGUGUCACCGUUUUGGCAGCUCUUUUUGCCUGGAAUUCAAUAAGUGAUAAAGUAAUCUUUCUGGGAUUUAAUUUGGUGUUUUUGUUUUGUUUUGUUUUAGUUCUGUUUGUAAAUACCUGGGGCAUGACCCUGGCAUGAUGACAAAAGUUGAGGCAGAACUGAGGGCAGUCCCAAGAUGACAGAGAGUUUACUGACCACCCAAGCUGACUUGGUAAUACUUGGAGUUUGUCAGAAAAAGAUCUAAUAUGCCCUGAACUGGCUUGACUCUUGGUGCAGUGUCUAUUGCACUUCUUCCUUGCCAGGUACUUUUGGGACAUAGGAUGCAUUGUAAUUAGAUGCUCCCUUCUCCUUGGAUCAUUCCCCAGGAUGCCCAGGCUACUUGACCAGGAUCCUGUUUCUUGACUGACUCUGGAAAAGUAGUAGCUGCAUCCCAGGACUUUGUGGCAAUCUCUUAACAUCCUAUUCCCUCCCCUACCCCCUGUUCAAGUAUCAUAUUGUACAGUAGCUUUCAAACCAUACAGUAUUCAUUGGGUUACUCUUAUUAUUAUCAAGUAGCUGGAAUUGUGAAGGUCAGAGUAGUUAGCUCUUUAGCUUUUAUUCUUUUUUUUGUAUUAUCCAUGUGUAUAAAUUAUUGAUCAUGUUGCUGGCUUUUAUAAACUCUAAGCAAGGGAGGUGGAGUCUUUCUUCAUCCUUUGCAAAUGGUAAUGAAGCACUGUUUUUAAAUAAAAGAGAAACACCA